AGUGUAGCCCCAGCAGUGCCACGUGUCAGUGCUCAUCCAUGCCACCUGCCAGUGCCCAUCAGUGCCACCCAUCAGUGCCAGUCAGUGCCAUCUAUCAAUGCCAAUCAGUGCCACCUAUCAGUACUGCCAAUCAGUGCCACCUAUCAGUGCCAGUUAGUGCCGCAUAUCAGUGCCACCUAUCAGUGCCUAUCAGUGCCGCCUAACAGUGCCAGUCAGUGCCGCCUAUCAGUGCCAGUCAUUGCCGCCUAUCAGUGCCGCCUAUCAGUG